AUGGGUUUCCAGAGAAGCAAGAAUGAGCCAAUUGUAUACAUGCAAGUGAGCAAAAACUUAGACAUUUUGCUUCUUUGUUUGUACGUGGAUGAUAUUAUCUUCAUGGGGUCUUCAAUGGCAAUGGUGAACAAGUUCAGGGAAAGCAUGAUGAACACCUUCGAUAUGACAGAUCUAGGUUUACUCCAAUACUUUCUUGGUUUGGAAGUAACACAGAAGAAUGGAACCAUCUUUGUGAGCCAAAGGAAGUACGUAGAAGAUUUGGAUAAGAAGUUUGGCAUGAGCAAUUGCAAGCACAUGACUACACCUCUAAAUAUAAAUGAGAAGUUACAAAACAAUGAUAGUUCAGGCCUUGCAAAUGAGAAGAAGUAUCGAUCAGAUGAUGGGGGAAUACUCUGUCUUACACACACGCGACUAGACUUGAUGUUUGCUGUUGGUCCUAAGUUCAAGAUAACUAGCUACAUCGACAGUGAUUGGGGUGUCUCCAUCGAUGAUUGGAGGAGUACCACUAGUUGGGUGUUCAACUUAGGAUCCAGGGCAAUAGCUUGGGCUUUAAAGAAGCAGGAGAUAACGGCUUUGUCCAGUACUGAGGCCGAAUACAUUGCCGCCACCACCAAUGAGCAGGUGGCUGAUAUUCUCACCAAGGUGUUGAGUGCAGCAAAGCAUGAGUAUUUCUGA